CAAACACCCAACAGUAUACAAAAAACGAGUCACACAGCGCAGUCCAUCUCUCUUCCUUCGACCUCUCGCGCUGAGUCUCUAAUGGCGUCCGCCAUCCCUGAAAACCUAACUAGGGAGCAAUAUGUCUACCUUGCGAAGCUCUCCGAGCAAGCCGAGCGCUACGAGGAAAUGGUUCAGUUCAUGCAGAAGCUUGUAUUGAGCUCCACUCCAGCCUCGGAGCUCACUGUCGAGGAGCGCAAUCUCCUUUCCGUCGCAUACAAGAACGUGAUCGGUUCUCUCCGAGCGGCCUGGCGUAUCGUGUCCUCAAUCGAACAGAAGGAAGAAGGGAGGAAGAACGAAGAUCACGUCGUCCUCGUCAAGGAUUAUAGAUCCAAGGUCGAAUCCGAGCUCACCGAGGUCUGCGCUAGUAUCUUGAAGCUGUUGGACUCCAAUAUGAUUCCAUCAGCAUCAUCUGGUGAAUCCAAAGUGUUCUACUUAAAGAUGAAGGGUGAUUAUCAUAGGUAUUUGGCGGAGUUUAAGAUCGGGGAGGAGAGGAAGUCCGCCGCCGAGGAUACCAUGCUGGCUUAUAAGGCUGCUCAGGAUAUUGCAGUUUCCGAUCUUGCACCGACGCACCCAAUAAGGCUGGGCCUAGCACUAAAUUUCUCUGUUUUUUACUUUGAGAUUCUGAAUCAGUCUGAUAAAGCAUGUAGCAUGGCCAAGCAGGCAUUUGAAGAAGCCAUUGCGGAAUUGGACACAUUAGGUGAAGAAUCAUACAAGGAUAGCACUCUUAUCAUGCAACUGUUAAGGGACAAUCUCACUCUUUGGACUUCUGAUAUGCAGGACCAGUUAGAUGAGCCAUAAGAGGCCGUCAUGAAGUUGAUGAAGGAUCUGUUUUAUUCUUCUUUUGGAGGAGGUGGGCUUCGAAUGUCAUUAUCCUUGCUUUUGUUAGUGUGAGUUUGAAAAAAAAAAAUAAAAAAAAAUAGGGAUCUUGAUUUUUAUAUAUAAUGUCUGAAGAAAUUUGAAAAAUUGGUAGCAGCAUUUGACCAAAAUAUUAUCCGCCGGUGAAAGUAUGUUUCUUAAAUCUUAAUUCAUUUAGAAUGCCAUUUGGAAUGACGACUGGUCACUUAUUAUUUAGUGCGAGUUUGAUAACGUUUUUAAUCUUAAGAAACACAAGUGUUUGGUA